AUGACGGGCUUCAGUGAAGACGCUUUGCCCGUUUUUUUGUCACUUCCCGAGGUUUUAGAAAUUUCCAUCUAAUUGUUUCAUUUUCUCCGCUUUUAGCUUCAAUUCGACACGACUGGUCAGCCGGCCGUCGGGCUCUUCACAAUUUUCAAUCCGUACAAUUUUCCAAUUAACUAUAGAGGUUUUUAAAUAAAGCCGAAAACAAAAUUAUAUUUUAAUUUAGUGAUGAGCACGGCAACCAGGAUAUACAACGUGAGCGAAUCGUCAGGAUAUAUCCUGGCGCAGUGCUGUAAAGACAUGUAAUUCAUUCAUUAUUUUUUUAUUUUUUUAUGCGAUUCCGGGCUUUCAGAACAGUACGGUGUUUGCAACGCACCACUCAGGGAUCAUGUGAAAGGUUAAAAAUCGACAUCUCGAAAAGAAGCGACCCUUCGGUUUUAGUCCAAUUUUGAAUUGCCGCUUAUUGCUCAUUUUUAGAUUACGGGCACCAAACAGCUUUUAAUAAGAACAGUGUCGAAACUUGAAGCUUCGCCAUCUUCUGCAACGCCGAAUAUAACAAACUGGCAGCAGGAUCUUCAGUCGAUGACUGCGGUCGCGCGAAGGGAAGUUUCGGACAAGGUAAUAGAUUUUUCCAGUGUUUCUUCUCUUAUCUAUUGUCAUAAUAUUAAAUAUGAAAUGAUUUAUAUGUUAUAAAUAAAAAAAGGAUAUUAGAGCCUCCAAAUCUCCUGAGAGUCUCUUUAAAAGGGUUCAAAUUGGAUAGGAAAUUUUUUCCGUGAGUCCAUUUCAAAAAUAUUUUAGUCAAUCAUUCAAGUACUUUUUUGUGCAAUCUAGUACUUUGCGGGGAAAAGACAAUUUCCAAAAUUUUUUUUGUUUGACGCGUUCGCAAGCGUUUUAUAACAAAUUCUUAGAAAGCUCUUAGAAAAAGAAAUCUUAUGAAAACAUGUCUUUAAAAUGUCAAAAUAUAGCAUUGAUUUCCAGAUGAGCUCGACGAUGUUGCUGUGCGUUUUCCUGGCAAUCUUGUGCGCGAUGGCCCUCGUCACUCCGACCGUCGGCGACGCAGAUGCGCCAACUUCUUCAGUCCCACCUGCUCUCCACCUGACCCUGCCCCAAAAACUUGUCGCUGCCUACCUGCUGGGAAUCCUCUCAGUUGUAAUCCUCAAGCCUCUGUAA